AUGGCCGACGUCGUCACGACGGCGCCGCUGCGCCAGCUCCUCACGGUGGUGUUUACGACAUCAGCGAUCCCGUCGAACCCAGCGACAGUCGUCCUCGAAGAGGUCCUUGGCAGCUUUGCCUUCGUACCCGGUCUCGCCGCCUGCGACGUCGUUUUGACCUUUGACGGCUAUGUCGCCAAGGACGGCGACGACGUCAAAACCAAGUUCAAGUCGACGCGCAUUAGCGCUGAAGAGAUUGAAAAGUACGUCGAGUACCAACACAACGCACGCGCAGUCUUUCGCCGCCACCUGCAGCUCACGGACGCGGCCGUCGUCGAGAGCUGCGACGUGGAGUUUCCAAUCAAACGGCGUACAACAGCGCGAGCCACGAUCCACCGAGAGAUGGACCCCUUGACAGGCGCAAGCUUGACGUCGAUCAUCAUGUCCAAGCGCAUGGGCUUUGCGUUGGCCGUGCGGGAAGCACUCAAGCAUGUCACGACACCAUUCGUGCUCAUCCACCAGCACGACUGGACCUUCCUCCAUGCGCUCGACCUGCAGGCAGUGUGUGCUGCGAUGACCCGACGACCCGAGACGCUCAAGUACGUUGGUUUCCACUCGCGCAAAACCCUCAAGAAGAAGAGCCGACCUGGCUUGCCGCCGCCCGUGGCGGUAAAUCUUGGCGGCAUCCGCGUCGCGCCACUCUACUUUUGGUACGACAAGCCCCACGUCGCGAGCACAGAGCACUAUCGCAGCUUUGUGUUUGGCCACGGGCGCUUCCAGCCCGGCGACUUUAUCGAAGACACGCUUGGACAUGCGAUGCUGGACGACCUCAAGGCGCGUGGCGUGGACGCCCAUAGCGAGUACGGCUCGUGGAGCUACGUGCUGGACGACCACGACGACGAGACCGCGACGCUUCGCCACGCCAGCGGCCGUCAUUUUCGCGAAGUCGUGCACAUGCGGUCCCGUCGCGUGAAGAAAGGCGCCUCCGAGGACGAGCAAACUACAUGUCCCGAGUAG